GGCGCGUGUCGAGCGUCGCCACCUCGCUAGCCGCGCUCGGCACGACUUGAGGCACAGCGGCACCUUCCAUGGAUUCUGGAGACGUAUCGGCGGCGUCGGGGCCUCGAGGGAGCGUGCUCGCCGACUGCGUCGCACAGAGGUCCUGCUUCACGGAUCAAAAGAUGGUCAAGUUAUCCUUCGUGUGGACAAUCACAAAUUUCAGCCUCUGCCGACAGGCCACUGGGCAAGCACUGCUCAGCUCGACGUUUUCCGCCGGUGAGCAUAAGCCUGUGACGUGGCGCCUCAAGCUGUACCCGAGAGGCGCCCGCGAAAAGUACGCAGAUUACGUGUCCCUCUUCCUGGUGUCCUACAACACCAGGCGGGUCUCUGCCAAGGCGAGGUUCUCCGUCGUCGACGCCAGAGAGGACGAGACGAACAGCCGGCAGACCAGCACGCGAAUCUUUUCGCGCCGCGGCGACAGCUGGGGAUACGAAAAAUUCAUCGGCAGGAUGUCUUUGAAGCAGAAUGGCAGGAACCUUCUGCCCGACGACACGCUUACGCUCAAGUGCCAACUCACCGCCCUGGAGGGGUCCACGAGCGCGCCUGGAAGGAGCAGCGAGGUCGCUUCCAGCCCGCUUCCCCAGUGCCGCCUCUCCGAAGACUUGGAAUGGCUGCUGGACAGUCAAAAUUACGCGGACGUGACGUUUAUGGUGGGCGACGAGGCGUUCCAGGCUCACAGGAGCAUCCUGGCGGCACGCUCAGCGGCCUUCCGGCAAAUGCUCGAGUACCCGGUGGAGGAACAAGCAGUCGACGGGGUAGUCAUCGAGGAUGUCGAACCGGACGUUUUCGCUGCCAUCCUUAGAUUUGCCUACACAGGGCGCGUGCCGGAGCCCAUAGUGAAACCCAAGUCCCUCCUGAAAGCUGCCAACAGGUACAACAUGGACCUACUCAAGGCGUCGUGCGAGCUGGCUCUCAUCUCCUGCCUAUCCGAGGAGUCGGCUGCGGACAUGUUGAUUCUAGCCGAAAAGCACAACGCCGUCACGCUGCGCAACGCCACCCUCGACUUGAUCGGCUCGAACGCCGACGCUGUAGGGGAGACUCCCGGAUGCGAUUCCAAGCGUCACGUCGAUGAGCUCGAACAGCACUUGACGCUGACCAACGGAUGCAUUGAGCCGCCGGCGAAGCGUACUAGGAACUCUUGAACGGGCCACAGCGAGCUCCUCUCAAUUCGGCCUUAAAAUUCGCCCUGUACAACGCAGCGCCAGAACUAUGUGCGGCAGCGCGUGGUGGGUCAUAAAACAGCUAUUAAACACAUCUUCAGGUUGAAAUAGAGGACAGUAUAUUUGUGUUUUAGCAAAUUGGCUGUUAUACACAGACAGUGCAGAAUCUGUGGAAUGAUGAGUGAAGCACAAGAUUGGAAAAUGAACUUUCGCGCUUAGAAAUUCAUUUUUCUCAUUUUUUUUUGUCGCCACAGUAGGCUACUGACAUUUCUUAUGAUUCAGGGCUAACAUCGGAAAAUAAAAGGGCUUGGCUGCGGUCAACAUGUGAAGA